AGUUAGAAACGACUUGUAAGGCAACCUGAAACGGUGCCGUCGAACAGCAAACAUUUCAGUCGCCGCAGUUGCAGAGAUUUGAAGAGAGGGAAACUCUCUGAAGAAAAAUUCGAAUGGGAACUUCAGUUGAGGUGACGCCGCUGUGCGGCGUAUAUAACGAGAAUCCGCUGUCGUAUAUAGUUUGUAGGCAAAGGAGAGGGCAUUGUGAUUUCUCCCCAUGUGUCUGGACAUCUCUUGGGUGGUACCGUCUGGAAGAUAACAAAGGAUGGGGAGGAUGUUAUAUAUGCCUUGGACUUCAACCAUCGAAAAGAGAACCUUCGUACGCCCAGCUGUUCUGAUAACAGAUGCCUACAAUGCUUUGAACAAUCAGCCUUAUAGACGCCAAAAGGACAAGGAAUUUACAGAUACUAUAAAGAAGACUCUGCGAUCUGAUGGGAAUGUGCUGUUACCUGUUGAUACUGCCGGGCGGGUUAUGGAACUUGUCCAGAUAUUGGAAUCGUGUUGGACAGAGGAAAAUUUGAACUAUCCCAUCUUCUUCCUAACAUACGUUGCAUCAAGCACAAUCGAUUACGUAAAAAGUUUCCUUGAGUGGAUGAGUGAUGCUAUAGCAAAGUCCUUUGAGAAGACACGUGAGAAUGUUUUUAAUUUGAAGCGAAUCAGACUUUUAGUUAACAAGAGUGAACUUGACAAUGCUCCUGAUGGUCCCAAGGUUGUUUUAGCAUCCAUGGCCAGUUUAGAAGCUGGUUUCUCUCAUGAUAUAUUUGUUGAAUGGGCAAAUGAUGCCAAGAAUCUUGUGCUUUUUACAGAACGAGCCCAGUUUGGAAGUUUAGCUCGCAUGCUUCAGGCAGAUCCGUCUCCAAAAGCUGUUAAGGUUACCAUAUCCAAAAGGGUCCCUUUGGUUGGGGAUGAACUAAUUGCUUAUGAAGAAGAGCAGAACAGAAUCGGAAAGGAAGGAGCUCUAAAGGCUAGUUUGAUAAAAGAGGAGGAAUCAAAAGCUUUUCAUGGGGCUGAUGUCAACACGAGUGAUCCAAUGAUCAUUGAUGCUAGCAAUACACAUCCUUUGCCGGAUGCAGUAGGUCCACAUGGUGGUGGAUACCGUGACAUGUUAAUAGAUGGAUUUACUCCUCCUUCAACCAGUGUUGCCCCCAUGUUCCCCUUCUAUGAGAAUAAUUCUGAGUGGGAUGACUUUGGUGAAGUUAUAAAUCCAGAUGAUUAUGUCAUAAAAGAUGAAGACAUGGACCAUGGAACUAUGCCUGUUGGUGGUGAUGUGGAUGGAAAACUUGACGAAGGCUCUGCUAGUUUGAUACUCGACAUGAGGCCUUCAAAAGUUGUAUCGACUGAAUUGACGGUUCAAGUGAAGUGUUCAUUGAUUUAUAUGGACUUUGAGGGCCGGUCCGAUGCGAGAUCCAUCAAAUCAAUUCUUUCCCAUAUGGCUCCUCUAAAGCUUGUUUUGGUUCACGGAACAGCUGAGGCCACGGAACAUUUGAAGCAACACUGCUUGAAACAUGUUUGCCCGCAUGUUUAUGCUCCCCAAAUUGAAGAAACAAUUGAUGUCACUUCUGACUUAUGUGCUUAUAAGGUGCAACUGUCUGAGAAGUUAAUGAGUAACGUGCUCUUUAAAAAGCUCGGAGAUUACGAAAUAGCUUGGGUUGAUUCUGGGGCAGGAAAGACAGAAAAUGAAAUGCUAUCUUUACAACCCCUCUCAACCCCGCCUCCACCGCAUGAAUAUGUCCUUGUUGGUGACUUAAAAAUGGCUAAUUUCAAGCAAUUUCUUUCCGACAAGGGUGUUCAGGUUGAAUUUGCUGGUGGGGCGCUGCGAUGCGGUGAAUAUGUGACAUUACGCAAAGUUGGGGAUGCAAGCCAUAAGGGUGGUGGUUCCGGAACCCAACAAAUUGUGAUCGAAGGCCCCUUAUGCGAGGAUUAUUACAAGAUUCGGGAGUAUCUCUACUCACAAUUUUAUUUGCUUUAAGUAGAGAUACAUAAUAUCAAACGCCUUCGGAUGAACUGUCAUUUUUAAUUUCUAGUGAUUUCCUGAACCACACUAAAGUUUAAUUUAAAUGUAGGACGUAUUUUCCGUUGAAAUUGUCAAUUCUGUUCAUGCA